UGACCUGCACUCGCAGCCACAAGGAGCUGAUCAAUCACGCUGCUGCACAUCUCAAGGCGCCACCUGUGGCUGACCUCCGUGUCCGCACACCCCCCCUGAGGCUCAGCGCUGAAUCGGCUUGGAUAGUUUUAUGGGAUUUGUAGAGAAAUUGUUACUUCGGAGGGACAACGCUGAAGUCUGCCAUCAGUAAUUCUCCUCAGGAUUUUUUUUUUACCAUGGAGUUUGACACAGGUGUCACUCAAUGAUUGUUUGAGGUCAUAGCCAAUCAGCAGCAGCGUCCGGACCAGACGAGGGAGUACUGACCGUCACACCAUGGACCUCAGAUUCAGGCGACUGUUGCCUCUCACCAGAGCAGCUCUUCAACUCCUGCUGCUGGCCGCCCUGGUGCUGCCUUCUCACACUGAGAGCAUACCCAGCUUCAUCAAGUCCCCUGAUGACCAGACGGGGAUUUCGGGAGGAGUGGCGUCAUUCGUAUGCCAAGCCGUGGGUGAGCCUAAACCCCGCAUCACCUGGAUGAAGAAGGGAAAGAAAGUCAGCUCUCAGCGCUUUGAGGUGAUUGAAUUUGAUGACGGCUCGGGCUCCGUGCUGCGUAUCCAGCCUUUGAGGACCCACCGCGAUGAAGCCAUCUAUGAAUGCACAGCCACCAACAGCGUGGGAGAAAUCAACACCAGUGCCAAGCUCACUGUCUUAGAAGAAGACCAGAUCCCUCAUGGUUUCCCCACCAUAGACAUGGGGCCCCAGCUGAAGGUGGUGGAAAGAACACGUACUGCUACGAUGCUGUGCGCAGCCAGUGGCAACCCUGACCCAGAGAUCUACUGGUUCAAAGACUUCCUCCCCGUCGACAUCAGCAGCAGCAAUGGGCGCAUUAAACAGCUGCGUUCAGGUGGUACACCAAUCAGAGGAGCUCUUCAGAUUGAGAACAGCGAGGAGUCGGACCAGGGAAAGUACGAGUGCGUGGCCAUCAACAGCGCCGGGACUCGCUACUCUGCUCCGGCUAACCUUUAUGUUCGAGAUCAGCGCGAAGUUCGCCGUGUACCUCCCCGUUUCUCCAUCCCCCCCACCAAUCACGAGGUGAUGCCCGGCGGCAGCGUAAACCUCACCUGCGUCGCGGUUGGUGCCCCCAUGCCAUUUGUAAAGUGGGUGAGCGGCGAGGUGGAGCUAACCCGGGAGGAGGAGAUGCCGAUUGGCCGCAACGUCCUGGAGCUCACCAACAUCCGCCAGUCUGCAAACUACACCUGCGUGGCUAUCUCCUCCCUGGGCAUGAUCGAGACCACCGCCCAGAUCACUGUCAAAGCUCUGCCCAAGCCACCCACAUCCCUCAUUGUGACAGAAACUACGGCCACCAGUGUCACCCUCACCUGGGACUCUGGUAACCCAGAACCGGUGUCCUACUAUGUGAUCCAGUACCGUGCCAAAGUGUCCGACAACGGCUUCCAGGAAGUAGACGGAGUAGCCACGACUCGAUACAGCAUUGGCGGCCUCAGCCCCUUCUCGGAAUAUGAAUUUUGCGUCAUGGCCGUCAACAAUGUCGGUCGGGGGCCUCCCAGUGGAAUUGUAGACACCCGUACAAGCGAGCAAGCCCCCUCCUCCCCUCCUCUUCACAUCCAGGCGCGCAUGCUGAGCUCCAGCACCAUGCUGGUCCAGUGGGAAGCUCCAGAAGAGCCCAACGGACAAAUCCGAGGCUACCGGGUCUACUACAGCUCGGAACACGAUGCCCCCCUUAGCGCCUGGCAGAAACACAACACAGACGACAGCAUGCUCACCACCAUCUCAGGCCUCACCGCAGAUAUCACCUACAGCCUGAGGGUGCUGGGCUUCACCUCCGUGGGAGACGGGCCUCCCUCUGAAGUUUUGCAGAUCAAGACCCAGCAGGGAGUUCCCUCUCAGCCAUCUGGUUUUGAGGCUGAGGCCGAGCUGGACUCUCGCAUCAUGCUGUCCUGGCUCUGGCCGGUCCAGGAGCCCAUCAUUCGCUUUGAACUGCUGUACUGGGAGGAGAGCAACCCUAGGGACAAGCGUCAUGCCACGUUUGACCCAGCAGGCUCCUAUGCAGUGGACGGUCUAAAGCCGGACACACUCUAUAUGUUUUCCCUGGCAGCAAAGUCUGAGAUGGGUUUAGGAGUGUUUACCCAGCCCAUUGAGGCCCGGACUGCCCAAUCCACCCCCACAGCCCCUCCCCAGGAAGUACGCUUGCUCAGCCUCCGCUCCACCAGCCUAAAGGUGAGUUGGGUGGCUCCACCCACAGACAGACACCAUGGGGAGAUAGUGAGCUACUCCCUCAGCUACCAGGCUCUGACAGGGGAGGACGUGAGCCGCCACCAGGUGUCAGGGAUCGGUGCUGAUGUCACCAGCUACGUGCUGGAGGACCUGCAGAAGUGGACUGAGUAUUUGGUUUGGCUGAGGGCUCACACUGUUACAGGGCCCGGCCCGGAGAGCUCCGCUGCCCGCAUCAGAACCAUGGAAGAUGUGCCUGGAGCUCCCCCCAGGAAGGUGGAGGCAGAUGCCCUCAACUCCACUGCCAUCAGAGUGACCUGGAAGCCCCCCCUGUCUGUGAAGCAGCACGGCCAGAUCAGAGGCUACCAGCUGGUGUACUCCAGGCUGGAGAACGGGGAGCCUCACGGACAGCCGCUCAUCAUGGACAUUUCGCUUCCUGAUGCCCAGGAGGCCAUUAUAACAGGUCUGCUCGCAGAAACAACCUACUCUGUGACUGUGGCUGCUUACACUACGAAAGGCGAUGGAGCGCGCAGCAAGGCCAAGGUGGUCACUACGACAGGAGCAGUGCCUGGCAGGCCCACUAUGAUGAUCAGCACCACCAUAGGGAACACCGCCCUUAUCCAGUGGCAGCCUCCAAAGGAGAUGGUAGGGGAGCAUGUCGGAUACCAGCUUCAAUACAAGAGAGCAGAGGAGGAAGCUUUCACCAUCAAAGACUUCAAAAAGACGGAUGAUCACUUCACAGUCACCGGUCUCCACAAGGGAGCCACCUACAUCUUCAAACUGUGCGCCAAAAACCGAGCAGGCAACGGGGAGGAGUAUGUGAAGGAGAUCAGCACCCCUGAGGACAUUCCCAGCAGCUACCCCCAGAACCUGAGUGUGGUCGGCCUGACCGCCACCUCCACUAAGCUGUCCUGGGAGCCCCCUUCUCUGGCCGAGAGGAAUGGGAAGAUUGUCAAGUAUGUGGUGGUAUAUCGAGAUAUCAAUAGCCACAGUAACAACACCAACACUACCACAGAAACAGAGAUGACUGUCCAAGGUUUGCAGCCAGACACGACCUACGACAUCAGAGUCCAAGCUUUCAACAGCAAGGGUGGAGGACCCAUCAGCCCUAGCAUUCAGAGUCGAACCAUGUCCACGUCCAUGCCAGUGUUCACAAAGAACUUUGGCGUGAAGGCUGUGACGAAAACUUCUGUCCUUCUGACCUGGGAAGUGCCAGAAACCUACAAAUCUCAAGUGCCUCUCAAGAUCCUGUACAACCAGCAGAGUGUGGAGGUCCAAGGCGACCUCAAGAGGAAGCUGAUCACAGAGCUGCAGCCAGAUACCGAUUACUCCUUCGUGCUCAUGAGCCGGGGGAACAGUGCUGGUGGCCUCCAGCAGCAAGUGUCCAUUAGAACCGCUCCAGACCUGCCGCAGAUGAAACCAGUACUAUACCAACAGGAUGUGGAGGAGGGAGGAAAAGUGACCAUCAGCCUGUCCACAGGGCCUGCUGAAGUCUCUGUCAGGUGGUACUACAUAGUUGUUGUCCCUGUCAAUCCGGCUUCUCAGAGAAGAUGGGAAAACCCUGAAGACAUGGACAUACAGGAGCUCCUGGAGCCAGGUGCUGACAGCAGCCUGCAGAGAAAGAAGAGACAGAGCCAGCAUCUUUUUCAGCCAUACAUCGCUGCCAAGCUAGACACGCUGCCUGAGUUCUUCACACUGGGCGAUGAGAAGAAAUACAACGGCUACUACAACAAACCCCUCCCGGGCCAGCAGCAGUAUCGCUGCUUUGUUCUGGCUGACUUGACUGACAACGAGUCUCAGAGGACGUUUGCGGCCAGCCCGUUUUCUGAGCCCUUCAUUGUGAAGCUCCACAGCGGGAUGAGCCGACACGCAGAGGAGCCGGAGAUGCUCUGGGUGAUGGGUCCGGUGCUGGCAGUUAUCCUCAUCAUCAUCAUAGUCAUUGCCAUUCUAGUCUUCAAGAGGAAACGAACAUGUCCAGCCAAGGAUGAGCACAUGGCAGGCGUCAAGGAUUCACUGCUGGCCCACUCCUCAGACCCUGUGGAGAUGAGGAGACUCAACUAUCAGACACAAGGUUCAAGUGCCCUCAGUUGCCCGAAAACUCCAAGGAUGAGGGAACAUCCUCCCAUUCCUAUCUGUGACCUGGCAGACUACAUCGAGAGACUCAAGGCCAAUGACGGUCUGCGCUUCUCUCAGGAAUACGAGUCCAUUGAUCCAGGGCAGCAGUUCACCUGGGAGCACUCCAACCUGGAGGUCAACAAGCCAAAGAACCGCUAUGCAAAUGUGAUUGCCUACGACCACUCCAGGGUUAUCCUCACACCUGUGGAUGGAGUUUCAGGCAGCGACUACAUCAACGCAAACUACAUCGAUGGGUACAGGAAGCAGAAUGCUUACAUUGCCACACAGGGGCCACUGCCGGAGACACUGAGUGACUUCUGGAGGAUGGUGUGGGAGCAGAGGACCUGCACCAUCAUCAUGAUGACCCGUCUAGAGGAGAAAUCUCGGGUCAAAUGUGACCAGUAUUGGCCCAGUCGUGGCACAGAGACAUAUGGAAUGAUCCAGGUGACCAUGCUGGACACUGUGGAGCUGGCUACGUACAGUGUGCGCACUUUCACCCUCUAUAAGAAUGGCUCGAGUGAGAAGAGAGAGGUUCGACAGUUCCAGUUCAUGGCCUGGCCUGACCAUGGAGUGCCUGAGUAUCCCACCCCAACCCUCUCCUUCCUACGCAGAGUCAAGGCCUGCAAUCCUCCAGACGCUGGACCCAUGGUGGUCCACUGCAGUGCCGGUGUUGGCCGUACAGGCUGCUUCAUUGUGAUUGAAGCCAUGCUGGAGAGGAUGAAACACGAGAAGUCGGUGGACAUUUACGGUCAUGUGACGUGUUUGCGAUCUCAGAGGAACUACAUGGUGCAGACGGAGGAUCAGUACAUAUUCAUCCACGAAGCCCUGCUGGAAGCUGCAACAUGUGGCAACACAGAAGUCCCUGCCAGAAACCUGUACGCCCACAUCCAAAAGCUCACCCAGAUCUCUGCUGGAGAGUCCGUCACCGCCAUGGAGCUGGAGUUUAAGAAACUGGCCAACUCUAAAGCACAUACCUCAAGAUUCAUCAGUGCCAACCUGCCGUGCAACAAAUUCAAGAACCGCCUAGUGAACAUCAUGCCUUUCGAGUCCACCCGUGUCUGCCUGCAGCCAAUCAGAGGGGUGGAGGGCUCAGACUACAUCAACGCCAGCUUCAUCGACGGAUAUAGGCAGCAGAAAGCCUACAUGGCCACGCAGGGCCCGCUGUCUGAGACCACAGAGGACUUCUGGAGAAUGCUGUGGGAACACAACUCCACCAUCGUCGUCAUGCUCACCAAACUCCGCGAGAUGGGACGGGAAAAGUGUCAUCAGUACUGGCCUGCUGAGCGCUCGGCACGCUACCAGUACUUUGUUGUGGACCCCAUGGCCGAGUACAACAUGCCUCAGUACAUUCUGAGAGAGUUCAAAGUCACAGACGCCAGGGACGGUCAGUCCAGGACUAUCAGGCAGUUCCAAUUCACUGACUGGCCAGAGCAAGGAGUGCCAAAAACAGGGGAGGGCUUUAUCGACUUCAUCGGCCAAGUCCAUAAAACGAAAGAGCAAUUUGGACAAGACGGACCAAUUACUGUGCACUGCAGUGCUGGUGUUGGGCGGACUGGUGUGUUCAUCACCCUGAGCAUCAUCCUGGAGAGGAUGAGAUACGAAGGAGUGGUUGACCUCUUCCAGACCGUCAAGAUGCUCCGGACACAGAGGCCGGCCAUGGUGCAGACAGAGGACCAGUACCAACUGUGCUACCGCGCUGCUCUGGAGUACCUGGGAAGCUUUGAUCACUAUGCAACAUAACCCCGCCCAGAAAGACAUCGUCAGAGGAGUUAUACUUCUCCUCUGAGCCAUAUCUACUCAGCUCCAUCAGUCCCUGAGGCCUGAUGAGGAUGCUACGAGGAGGACUGGAGAGGAGGUGACCACAGCAGGAAACAGGAGACAUUAAAGGACAGAGGAGAGGGGACAGUCAGGAUAAUCUCCUCCUGCACCGGUGCCAUGAUUCUGCCACAGACCCGACACCAAAACUUCCUAAAAACUACCCUGAGAGACUCAUUGUCAUGCCUCAUUCCUGACUGAUUUUUCCCAUCAUUCCUAAAUAUCUGCGUCCUCCUAUAUGGCAAACAAAUGUCCUGCUAUUUUCAUUUAUAUUCAUCAUUACUACGUUAUUAUAAAUAUUUAGAAUUUAUUUUAAAAUCAUUUAAUCUUGCAAUUAUUUGUGUUAAUGGGCCUUUUUUUAUUUGCUGAUAUAUUUUUCUUUUUAUUAGCACAAAGAAAAUGUAUGUUCAGCAUUACUAUUGGAGAGCGUAUACUCACAGCUGCUAAUAAUUUUAUUUUGUACCAUAGAUAUAAUAUUCUUAUGUUAUCGUUGAUCUUAUUUAGGGGGGUUUGACAGAACGAUCUACCAAAACAGGUCAAUUUAACAAACAUGUUUGUGAGCUACUGUAUGAAAUAUAACUAAUGCCAUAAACUGACUAUUCUCGGAUAACUGUCAAAGCCAACCAAAAUCUGGAGACUUGGAAAAAAAAAUAUAUAAAGUUGUUUGAAAAGGUUGUUGACACCAUAGCCCCUCUUGACACAGACUCAGGUAGACUGAACACAGACAUGUUUAUGAAACACAGUAAGUGUGACCACAUCACAUUCUAAACAAGCCCGUGCUUGGACAAGGGAGAAAUCCAUUAUGGCACAAAUAUCAAGAAUCAAUGCUUAAAUUUAAUCAAAUGAUUUAAUUUCAAAAUCUUAAAUAGCUGAUUGACAUGAGUUUUGAAUACAGAUCAGUCCGAACAGGAGGAAGUAGUACUGUUUGGGGGACUAUUUUCAGCCAUGAUUAAUCCACCUGUGGUGCUUUAGUGAGUAUUUUUGGCAGCAGGUCAGUGUGGGAGAGUCACCAUAAUACAGUGUGUGUGUGUUCAUGGUAAAAAAGGAACAUGUCAGUGCUACAGUGUGACUUAUUGGUGUGUUUUAUUCACGUUUGGAGAAUAAUUUUCCUCUACAGUCCAGAGGAAGAGGAUAUAUCAGGCUUUCAUACACACACAAUCCUUCAUAUUUAGAUAAGUUCAUUGUCUAUGCAUUGUAUUUGUUAACAAGGCUCUAAAUUAAAAAAGGUACAAACUGUUGAUCUAAAACCCAGCACAGUUCACAGCUUAAUAUUCAAGCUCUAACAGUGGAAUGGGAGUAAAUAUAGAUAUUUGGGGACAUUAAAUCGAAUAGGAAAUCAGGAGAUUGUGAAGUAUCACAAAAACACAUUUUCUCAACUACCCUUUGAUUGCCAUAAGUUAGCUGGAUGUGUCUUACUUUCUGUAACAUGCAAUCUGGUUCCCACCGAUCAUACUCAUUUUACAAGGGUUGAGAAAAUUGGUUUGAUACAGAAAUGACCCAAGUAUAAUGGACCCAACAUUACAGAGACAGAACUAAACGUUCCCAUUCAUCUCAUGACCUUCACCGUUCUGUUAGCAUACACCAACAGGACACAGGCAGAUACAACGGAACCCCAUCAAUGUUAUAUUUCAGCUCAACUUUAAUCACUGUGUUGCAGACAGACAGACUUUUAACUGAGAUAAGAAUUAAUGUUCAGUGUUUUUCACUGGAUCAGAUGACAGAGCUUGAGGGGGGGGG